AUGUCGACCACUGCAUUUGAAUUCGAUGGUGCCAAGUUCGUGACCAACAAUUAUGCAGCAAUUCUUGAUAACUCUGAAGCCCCAUCAGAGUUUCACUUGAUUCAGGACUUCCUCGCUCAUAGUGAGCUCAUGUAUGCUCUGACUCAGCCUGAGUCCUUCAGCCCUUCUCAAGUGCUCACUUUCUGGAGGACUGCCAGAUAUGAUGAUGGGGGUGAUCAUGGUUCACCAACUCUGACCUGUGAAUAUGAAGGUCAAGAAUAUUUUGUGUCCCCAGCAACAGUUAGGAAGGCUCUUCAUCUUCCUAAUCACAACAAGUUUCACUCCUCUGUAUCCACUCAGACUUUAAGAGAUAUGAUGAUUUUCUUUGGGUACUCCGGGAACACUGACAAAAUGGGAGAGCUCAAACGUCCACACCUAUGCAAGGAGUGGAGUUUCUUUUAUGACUGCAUCACCAGAGCAUUUGCCAACAAAUGCAGUAAUUUUGAUGCUAUACCCCUCUUCAGUCAACAAAUUGGGUAUUCUCUGAUCCACAAUCUCAAUUUUGAUUUAGCUACUUCUAUUCUGAGAUUUAUAGGUGAUAGGAGAACAGAGAAUAUGAACAUAGUUUAUUAUGCUAGAUUUUGUCAGCUAAUAUUCUCUUAUUGCUUCCCUACUGUUCCUAUUCUUGAAGCUGGUAAUGAGUUGCCUUUUAAAAUUACCAAGCGUGCAUUUACUGAUUUGAUUAAAAAGGACAGUAAGAAACCACAAGUCCCUGUCUUUGCUAUUCCUGUAACUGUAGAGGACAAUUUGAAGCUGGUAAUGCCAGAUAAAUAUGAUCCCAUAUUCUCUGAUGAGAAUAUACCUUCUUCUUACCACCAGCCACAAGAUGUACCAUCCUCUGGUCCUUCCCAAAAAGGGCCAGUUGUAAAAUCUGACCACCAACCAUCCUCUGGUCCUUCCCAAAAAGGGCUAGCUGUAACAUCUUCACCAACCAGAGUGUUGAGAUCUUCUAAAUCCCCUUCUAAAUCUUCUCCUCCACCCAGGAAGAGAAGAUUCUUACAGAAAAUCUCAGACUCUGACUCUGAUCAUGAAGAUGUACCAACACCUCUUGUCUCCAGACCAAGGAAGAAGGUUAAGCCUACAUCAAUCACUGAUCUAACUGUAGAUCAACCUCUGACGUCAGCAGUUAAUCCUCUUGAAAUGAUCACAGUCUCUGAUCCUGUGAUGGUGGAACCACUCACUACAGUUCCUCUGACCACUUCAACUCCAGAAGCUGAUAUUCAUAUGUCAGAACCUAUUCCUGAAACUCUGGCUCAGUCAGAGGAUACUUUGCCUCCUACAUCACCACCAACUGCUGUGCCAUUAUCAGAAGAGGCUCCAGAACAACCUGCACCUAAAAUUCCAGAGUUUGUUCAAGAACCUCUGAUUCCAGUUGAGACUCAUGUUGCAGCUCCUGUUCAGGAGAUCUCAGACAAGACAAUCUCUGAAGCAGCUACAGCUCCUUUGUGUUCUCACACAGUCAGCAUUAUAGCAGCUGAUGAUGAUGAUGAUACAGAUAUAAACUCUGUUCCAAAUGUUGACUUAGCUGCUCUGAUAGCUGAUAUCUCUGCUCAACUCAGAGAAACUACAUCUGAUAGAGAAAUCUCUCAACUCAGAAUAUCUUCACCUGUCAAGAUUCCCUCACCAGCUCCUUCCUCUUCCAUUCCUCAGUCAAUACCUGCACAGAACAAAGUCUGCACACUGACUUACUCAAGAAAAAUGGACAGAGCUCCAUCUUCAUCAGUGGAAGACAGAUUAUCAUCCAUUGAAGCUACUCAGAGCUUAAUGCAGCAAACUCUGGCUGACCUGAGCUCCUCAGUAGCUCAGCUGGUUCAACUUCUCACCUCUGCUGAUGUCAAAAAGGGGGGGAAAGUACCACAAGACAAAUGCAAAAUGGAUCAGCAACAGAAGUUAGAUGAUGAUGAUGAAGAAAAGGAUGAAGAAAAGAAGAGAGAUGGCAACACAAAGUCAAACCCUGAAAAGUCAAACUCUGAAACAGUGUUACACACUCAGGAUGAAGAAAAUAGAAGAGAAAAGGUUGGAAGCAGCUCAAAACAGACUCAGACUACUCAGUCUAAAUCUCAACCUCUGAUUCUAGCUGACAAUGAAUCAAGAGCUCUUUCUGAGCAAUUGAUUGAGAUUGAAGAGAAUCCUGGAGUCUCAAUUGAAGCUGUCAGACAAGAAGAAGAGAGGUUGGCUGUUGAGAAAAAGAAGAUCAGCAAAGUAAAGUCUGAUGAAAAGAAGCAGAUCACUGAUUCCUCAAAGAAAUUAUCUUCUUCAAAGAGAAAAGGAAUAGUGAUCAGUGAAAUUAAUUAUGCUGAUAUCAAUAGACCAAGAGUCUAUCAGACAAAGUCUGACUCUGAUUCAAGAAACAAAGGGAAGAAUGUCAUUGAUGGUGUUCCAUCAGAAAAGAAAACUGAAUCAGAACUGACACUUGCAACAAUUCCUGAGUCUACUGAUCAGAAUUUAGCCUCUGACACUGCUCAAGCUGAAAACUUGAAGGAAAUUCAGCUGAAUCCAGCUGAAGUAAAAACCACCUGGAUAAAGACAACCUCUGACAAGGCUCAAGUUGACACAGCUGAACCAAGUAAGAAGAGCUUGUUUGGAAGCCUUGGUAUAGGACAGUACACGGAAAGCUCUUUGUUCACACAGAUCAGAGAUAAAGGAACAAGAGGAAAAGAAGGAAGGGACACAACUGGUCUAGGUCACAAGAAAGAGAAGAUUCAGACCAGUGCUGCAACUAUCUUCAAAGACCCAUAUCCUCUCACUGAGAAGACUGGAGAAGUUGUAACACAAAAAGACCUUGAUAAAAUAGAGUCAGUACAAAUUCUGAUGGAUACUCAUGAUGGGCCAGAAGAUAAAGAGAAAAUUGCUAUAUUUUUGGAAUCUGGCAGAAAUGAAGCAACCAAGAGAUGGUCUGAGCUGUUGAAAAGAACUAUCCAAGAGAAAAGAAGAUUUUAUGGGAUAAGUUCUGAUGCAGAGUAUGUUCCUAAGAUAACUCAAGAAGAUGGUUCAGAGAUUAAUAUGGAUAAAAAUAGUUCUGUCAUAGAAACUAUAGCUGGAACCAGAAUUUUGGGUUACAAUAAUGAAGCUGAUAGACCAGGAGCUAUUCAACUGGGAGAAGCCAUGAAAAGAUGCAAGGCAAGGGCCUUGAGAUCAGCUAUAUACCAGACAGGAGAAGACAAUGAAGAAUUGAAGACUAUCAAAGCUCAGAUGAUACAGACUCUGAGACAAAUUGAAGAAGAUCUGAUCACUCACUGUGAGUUUAUUCGGCCUAACACUUCCCAAGUUUACUAUGCUCCUAGUGUAUUGCAUCCACUUGGCAAAUGGUAUUCGGUCGUCAAGUCUAAAAGUCGCCCGAUAAGCGAAUCCAUCAAAAUAUCAAAUGAUAUUGAAGAAGCUUAUCAAGAAGAUAGAUCAAAUGCCACUAGUUCAUUCUCCUUAUUUGUCGAUUUUGAACAAUAUGGAACAUUACCGUUCAUUCGACCUGAAGAGGAGGAGGAAGAAGAAGAAGAACAAGAAGAGAAUAAAGAAGAUGACGACGAAGAUGACGAAGAAGAAGACGAAGAUGAAGAAGAAAAAAGUGAUGACGAGAAUGAAAAUAAUGAGGAUGUAGAGGAUGAUGAUGAUGGAUUUGAUGAAAUUGAUUAA